UAACACAGCUAGCUAGCUGUACUGUGCACCGAGGGAGAGGAACACAAACAGCUUAUAACACCGAGAUCCACGAGGCGUGAGAGCGAUGGAGCUGAAGCUGUGUACUUCAUAUAUGAUUUGAAUCAUAUCUGUCGCCAUGUCUGCGUUGUUACACUUGCACAGUCGCGCUGUUUGUGGGAAACAGAGCAGGAGGUUGUUGUGGACACUGUCCAGGAGGAGCUGUCAUGUGUUAGCAGACAGACAGACAUCCAGAAUCCCUGUCAGAGAUCAGACAUCCAGGGUCAGUGUCAGAGAUGUCCACAACAAGCGUGCCGGAGCUUCGGAGACGCUUCUGUAUCCACACAAACUCAUCCAGAGUCUCCUGCACAGACCGCUGAGUCCUGCCAUGCUCGGCCUGAGCAAAGAGCUGAUCAGAAGCAACCUGCUGAGGAACCCCGUCGGUUUGGUUAACCUGCUAGGGUCAAUGAACUUUUUCAGUACGUCUCAGUCCAAGCAGCAAAAAAAUAAGAGCGGUGGACCCAAAGGAAAAACUCCAGAAGAAGAUGAAGAGGAGAAGAAGCGGCGUGAGCAGGAGGACCAGAUGUACCGGGAGCGCUUGCGUACACUCUUCAUCAUCGCACUCAUUAUGAGCCUCCUGAACUCCAUCAACACCAGCGGCGGCAACAUCUCCUGGAACGACUUUGUCAACGAGAUGUUGGCCAAGGGGGAGGUGUCCCGCGUGCAGGUUGUUCCUGAGAGCGACAUUGUAGAAAUCUACCUGCAUCCUGGUGCGGUGAUCUUUGGCAGGCCGAGGCUGGCGCUCAUGUACAGGAUGCAGGUCGCCAACAUCGACAAGUUUGAGGAGAAGCUCAGAGCUGCUGAAGAGGAGCUGAAUAUUGACACUAAGGACAGAAUCCCAGUGUCCUACAAACGCACUGGAUUCUUUGGAAAUGCUGUCUAUGCUUUGGGAAUGGCUGCGAUCGGUGUGGCUAUUCUCUGGUACAUCUUCCGACUUGCAGGCAUGGGUGGCAGAGAAGGUGGCUUCAGUGCUUUUAAUCAGCUGAAGAUGGCCAAGUUUACCAUCGUGGAUGGAAAAUCAGGCAAAGGAGUGAGUUUCAAAGAUGUAGCAGGCAUGCAUGAGGCGAAGAUGGAAGUCAAGGAGUUUGUCGACUACCUCAAGAAUCCAGAGCGAUACCUCCAGCUGGGAGCCAAAGUUCCCAAAGGCUCCCUGCUGCUGGGCCCCCCCGGAUGUGGGAAGACGCUGCUGGCUAAGGCUGUAGCCACGGAGGCCCAGGUGCCCUUCCUGGCUAUGGCGGGCUCUGAGUUUGUGGAGGUCAUUGGAGGCCUGGGUGCUGCCCGCGUCCGGAGUCUGUUCAAGGAGGCUCGUGCUCGGGCGCCCUGCAUCGUCUACAUCGAUGAGAUCGACGCUGUGGGAAAGAAGCGCUCCACCAACAUGUCGGGCUUCUCAAACACCGAAGAGGAGCAGACUCUCAACCAGCUGCUGGUGGAAAUGGACGGAAUGGGCACAACAGACCACGUUAUCGUCCUGGCUUCCACCAACAGAGCAGAUAUCUUAGACAAUGCUCUCAUGAGACCUGGCAGGCUGGACAGACACAUCUUCAUAGACCUGCCCACUCUGCAGGAGAGGAAGGAAAUCUUUGAGCAGCACCUGAAGAUCUUGAAACUGACCCAGCCUGCUAACUUCUACUCUCUGCGUCUGGCUGAGCUCACGCCAGGCUUCAGUGGUGCGGAUAUCGCAAACAUUUGUAACGAAGCUGCUCUCCACGCAGCCAGAGAGGGCUACAAGUCCAUUGAUACCUUUAACUUUGAGUAUGCUGUGGAAAGAGUGAUCGCAGGAAGUGUAAAGAAAAGCAAAAUCCUGUCGAAAGAGGAGCAGAGGGUGGUUGCCUUUCAUGAGUCUGGACACGCCCUGGUGGGAUGGCUCCUGGAGCACACAGAGGCCGUCAUGAAGGUGUCCAUUGCCCCUCGGACGAAUGCGGCCCUGGGAUUUGCCCAGAUUUUACCUCGAGACCAGUUCCUGUUCACGAAGGAGCAGCUGUUCGAGCGGAUGUGCAUGGCUCUGGGAGGACGGGCUGCAGAGGCUAUCACCUUCAACAAGGUCACCACAGGCGCGCAGGACGACCUGCGUAAGGUGACCCGUGUGGCUUACUCCAUGGUGAAGCAGUACGGCAUGUGCGACAGCGUCGGCCAGGUCUCCUUCCCUGAUACGGAGGAGCAAGGCGCCGUUGGCCGCCGUCCUUUCAGCCAGGGCCUGCAGCAGCAGAUGGAUCAUGAGGCUAAGAUGUUAAUCGCCCGUGCGUACAGGCACACGGAGAAGCUAUUAAUGGACAACAGGGACAAGCUGACACUGCUGGCCAACGCGCUGCUGGAGCGUGAAGUGGUGAACUACGACGACAUUGAGGCCUUGCUGGGUCCGCCGCCUCACGGUCCGAAGAAGAUGAUCCUCCCGCAGAGCUGGGUGGAGGCCGAGAGAGACAAGCAGGACACGGGAGAGGACGAACCCCGGCCGCCACCCCGAAAACACACAGAGGAGGACGUCAACCCGCAGCUGGCCUGAGCUCCUGCUGUGUCUGCCUCGGCUGAAUAAAUCACCUGCCCAAAAGAUAUGCUCGCCAACUCUGUGAUCGCUCUGUCACAAUAAAACAUUCUUUUUGAUUCUUCCAGAAAGGAAAGUGUUAGUUGCCUUUAAACAUGUGGCUCAUAUUCACGGCACUAAGUUAUUCAUUAUUCUGCAGCCAGCUUGAUGUGAGCAGUCAGACCUCAGGUGUGUGAUCUUUAUUAGUUUUUUUUUUUUCUGAUUGUUGAAACUUUUUUUAUCCCUACAGUUUGAAAAAUGAAUGUGUGCAUCAUGUAAGCAGCAGAUCUUCUCUCAACUGCGUAAAAGGCAAAGGACUUUGGUGUCAGGGACUUCUACUGGUUUGGUUUGCUGCAAGCUAACAUGAAGUCCCCAAGAACGGUGGUACCAAAUAUUUAAAUAAAAGUUUAUU